CUGUAACACCUCCGUGCAGCUGGUGAGAGGUCAGCAUGCCCCAUAUGUACCACAAGAUGGGGCGGUUUAGCUUCUCCCUCCUCCGCCACAUCGCCUCCCUUUCCUCUUCACUCACUGUCCCAUCAGCCACCAGGACAUGCUGCCUCCAUCGAGGGGUUUUGACCAGUUCCCACCCCUGUCACCAGACCACGGGCCCUAGUCACAGCUCUCAGCACAGGAGGGGUGUGAGCACAGCCCUCAGCCAGGAAAUACAGGACCUGAGCGGGCCUGAGCAGAGGCUGCUGAACAAACUGUAUGAGGGGCUGAUCGGAGGACAGCGGGCGUCUCUGGCCGAGUCCAUCACACUGGUGGAAACCCAGCAUCCCAGGAAGAAAGAACUGGCUCAGGUGCUGCUGCAGAGGGUGCUGGCCUACAGGAGGGAGCAGGAGAGUCGUAAUGGGGGGAAGCCGGUGGCCUUUAGAGUCGGUCUGUCCGGUCCUCCAGGAGCAGGGAAGUCGUCCUUCAUUGAGGUUGUGGGGAAGAUGUUGACAGGACGAGGACAUAAAUUAUCAGUGCUGGCUGUUGACCCGUCCUCCUGCACUACAGGAGGGUCUCUGAUGGGUGACAAGACUCGUAUGACUGAACUCUCCAGGGACAUGGAUGCUUUCAUCAGGCCAUCGCCGGCCUCUGGGACACUUGGUGGAGUCACUAGAACAACCAACGAGGCCAUUGUUCUCUGUGAAGGGGCGGGAUAUGACAUUGUCCUUGUAGAGACUGUGGGUGUGGGCCAGUCCGAGUUUGCAGUGGCUGACAUGGUUGACAUGUUUGUGUUGCUGAUUCCACCAGCAGGGGGCGAUGAACUGCAGGGUAUCAAGAGGGGCAUCAUCGAGAAGGCCGACUUGGUGGUGGUGACAAAAUCGGAUGGAGACCUGGUGGUGCCGGCCAGGAGGAUCCAGACUGAAUACACAAGUGCACUCAAGCUGCUCAGGAGAAGCUCCAAGUCCUGGAACCCAAAGGUGGUGCGUGCCUCCUCUCACACAGGUGAGGGCAUUCCAGAGGUCUGGGCCAAGAUGGAGUCUUACCGGGAUGCCAAGUUGGCCAGUGGUGAACUGCAGGGCCGGCGGAAGGCCCAGCAGAAGGUUUGGAUGUGGAGUCUGAUCCAGGAGAACGUCCUCUCCCAUUUCCAGAAUCACCCCCGUGUCAGAGAGGCUCUACCACACCUUGAGGAAAAGGUGACAAGAGGAGCCAUCUCCCCUGGACUGGCCUCUGAUCUGCUUCUCAAAGCCUUUCUAUCAUCAUCAUCAUAGUUAUCACUGGUACUGCUCUUUUUUGAGGAGGAUGGAUUGGUACCUCGUUGCUGAUCAGGGCCACUCAGUGCCAAAUAAAGCAGGACAGAGUGAAAAACUGUGACCUUGAUUCUGCGGUUUUUGCAAAAAGGAAGCAGCACUGCUCUUUUUACACUGAAUCUGAAAUUUAAAUUACCUGAGAUAGAAGUCACCCCUCGACAGAAGCUCCAGCCUGCUUUUAUCCACAUCAGGGGAGGGCAAUUGUCACUUCUCGCCCACCGCUUAAGGGCACAUUCACAUUUGGACUAUAGAUGUCAAAAUUGAACAUUUCACUUGUGAGGAAAUGUUCAAACAUUGCUGUGAGAUUUGAAAUGUUUUUCUGCCAUUCUAAAACAGAUAUCGGGACUGUUUUAGUGGACAAGAACACCAAAGACAAUCAUGAACAUUUUUAGGACGAUAAGCUCAACACACCGGGAGGAUUGUAAAGGCCACAUUGAUGCACUUGGGGAAUAGUUUGCACAAUACCCAUCGCCUUUACUAACAGGGUCAUUCGAGGGUGAAACUGUGACUUGUUCACGCCAUAAAUACUGACAUGACACAUACUGUAGUUGGAGUAUGAUCUAUGAUGAGCAGUUUUCCCAGCCACUUCUGAACACCCCUCACACAGAUAGAUCAUUAAUACACACUACUUGUAACCAUAAGGAAAAGUGUUAAUGGGAGGAA